UCAGUCGCCAUUCAGCCACUUGCUCUCGCCCUCGUUCACUCCCAGCAUAUGCCAUGCCCCUGACAGCCGCCGGGCCGAACGCCUCGCUGGAGGAAUUCGCCGCCGCCUGGCCUGAGUCCGAACUCCAGGCCGUUCGGGACUUUGUUGCUCGGGGGUUCUCCUCGUCCAAGAUCCACAAAAGCUACCGCAAGAUCACCUACUUGCCGGCCCCCCGAGCGACCGGGUCGCCGGGCAGGCCCCAGCGCGCUCCAAGCACGCCCCAACCGGUGCUCGAAUCCGAUCGCCCCCCUGGGCCGAACCCAUGCAAGUUUGGCCCGGCCAAUGGCACGUCCCACUGGCGCGCCCGGCCCUCUCCCGCUCCGCCCACCCGGCAACAUCGCCUCCUUCCUAACCCCCUCCCCCCUGCCGAAGACAGACCAGACCAUGGUUGAGGUUCGCAUUCCCCUGGUCAAUGUCGAUUGGUGCCCGGCCUAUGUGUCGGAAAAUAUCCGACGUAUGGAGGCCGGCCGCGUGAAUGCCGCGGGUGAGCUCGUCGUCCGGUCCUCCACCUUCGCCUUCCAAUACCCGAACUAUUUGGCGUGCCUGCGGCAAAUCGACCAGUUGGUCCUGGCCGCGGCGGCGUUGCCCGCUCCGCCGGCCACUCCCCGCCAAGAGCGCGCCGCUGCCCUGCGCGAGGCCUCCAAUGAGAGCCGGAUCCGAGGGAAGAAGCAUCGUUCCGCGACCAAGGACGCUCGCCGCAGCUGACGACACGCCCCGCUCAGGGCGGCGUUCCGUCUCCCCCCGGUCCCCGGCCGGCUUCCGACAUCUCCUUGGGCCUCUCUCUCUCUCUCUCUCUC